AUGUGCUGGGCCAUACAAACCUCAAGCUCUACCUUCCCACCCCCUUCAAUUGAAAUCGACUCUAUCCUAGCAGUAACACACGGCUUCCUCUCAGCCCUAAACAGCAAAUGCCGCCACGAAUUUGAAAAGCACUGUAUCAGUGCAGGUGGCAUGUCUCUCUCCCCGCCAUAUCCUACACCUCUUCGGUUCUGCACCAUUGGGUUUUUCAUCGAAUACAUGACAGCACUGCAGGGUGAUAUUCAUGAACGGAUUUGGGACCCUGAGAUCAAGGUACAGGAGGGAUCGAAUUUAGCGGCUGUCUGGGCGCCUUUUCGGGCGAAGGUUAAUGAGGUUGUUGAUCAUGUUGGGGUUGAGUUGUUUAUUUUGCAUAAAAUUCAUGGGGAGUGGAAGGUUACUGGGUUGGCGGAUUCUUGUAGGAGGCCUGUUGGAGAGGAGAGAGAGAUGGAAUAG